GGUUUUGAUGCAUGGUCACCAGCGCAACUAGCGCUCCAAAACUCGGAAGCAGACUCACCCUACCCUACAAUGGCGACCUUGCUGCAGAGGACAGCUCGCCUGGCAGGGAAAUUUCCCGUUCAUCGACACCUGAAGGUAAACCAACAAGAAGCAGUUGUAGGAUGGAUGCAGCGCCGCAACCUCAAUCUGCAAGAGAAUGUCAGCAUGCAGCUCCUUCACGACAAUGGAGUCAAUGUGCCAACGUUUGGAGUUGCAACCACUCCAGACGAGGCGCAAGAAAUUGCACAGAGGCUAGGAAAGGCAGACAUGGUGGUGAAAGCGCUGGUUCUGGCCGGUGGCCGUGGCAAAGGCACGUUUGACAGUGGACUCAAGGGAGGAGUGAAGACUGUCUUUUCGCCAGAUGAAGCGAAACAGAUUUCUGGCCGCAUGAUUGGUUAUCACCUGCGGACAAAGCAGACGGGUGAAAAGGGCCUCCUGGUGAACAAAGUUCUCGUGUCGGAACGGCUCUACAGCAGACGGGAGUACUACUUUGCUCUCAUGAUGGAACGAGAGCACCACGGCCCGCUUAUUGUCGCCUCGUCACAAGGUGGCGUCAACAUAGAGGAGGUGGCGCGGGAAAACCCCGAAGCCAUCCUCAAGCUUCCCAUCGACAUCGAGAAGGGCGUUGACAAGGUCGAAGCGGCUGACUUGGCUCGCAAGUUGGGUUUCCAGAGCGCCGCUGUGGAUGGGGCUGUGGAAAUGAUCGAGAACCUGUACAAAGUUUUCCUCAAGUACGACGCCACACUGCUCGAGAUUAACCCCUUAGUGGAAGACGUCCACGGAAAGGUGUACUGCCUCGACGCCAAAUGCAGAUUCGACGACAAUGCCAGCUUCCGUCAAAAGGCAAUCUUUGAGCUGCAGGACUGGUCCCAAGUCGACCCCAGGGAGAGAGAAGCGCACGACAGCAACCUAAAUUACAUCGCACUCGACGGAGACAUUGGUUGCCUCGUGAAUGGAGCUGGUUUGGCCAUGGCAACAAUGGACAUAAUCAAGCUUCACGGUGGCAGCCCUGCUAACUUUUUGGAUGUUGGCGGGGGAGCCACUGCGCAUCAGGUCACUGAGGCUUUCAGGCUCAUCACAUCCGAUCAGAAGGUGCAAGCCAUUUUGGUGAACAUCUUCGGUGGGAUCAUGCGCUGUGAUGUCAUUGCGGAGGGCAUCAUCCUGGCAGCGGAGACCCUCGAUCUUAAAAUUCCUAUCGUGGUGAGACUUCAAGGAACACAAGUGGACGAAGCCAAAGCACUGAUCGCCACCAGUAAACUUAAAAUCCUGGCCUGUGACAACUUAGAUGAGGCUGCUAAAAUGGUAGUACGCCUUUCGACCAUCGUGGGGCUGGCACGUUCGGCAGCCGUCGACGUCAAAUUUGAGCUCCCUCUCUAGUUGCUCUACCAUCGCAGCAGACUAUGCACAAUUAAGUUAUUCCCUCUCCCACGCCAGGUAGUUGUACAUUUACCAAAGUAUGCGCAAACGUGCAAAUAAAAAAUAAAUAAAAAAAAACUGUCAGUGAUGAACGCACCACUGCAGCCACAAAGUGUUUUCCCUUCCCUCGGUCUUUCAGGCACGGAAAUGGAACUAUCCACCUGAACUGGUGGGCAUAGGAACUGGUGGGACAUAGGCGUUAAACUGAUGUGCAAAUAAACCUGCAAUGAGCUGG